AAGUUUGGUGAUUAACUGGGUAGAGCAGUUGAUAAACAGUGGGCAAUAGUAAAGGAAUCUGAAAGGGGGGACAUGGAGAACAAGUGGGAGGGCUACGGGAGCAGGAAGAUCUAAGGGAUGAAGGAUUGGGUCAGUGGUGAGGUUGGGAAGAAGGUAAAGACUUUUAGAGAGAAGGAAGAGCUUCUCACUCUAGAAGGCAUUUUUAAUUGAGUUCUUAUCCUUAAACGGAAACGUCCUUCUCUUCUGUUCUUUUCUGCCCGUGUGCGUUCACUUCACACCUUUUGAUUCAAAACUGGGUCUGCAAUUGUCGGUUCACAUUCACUCCAAAUUUUUCAGAAUGGGAUUGAAGUUACAAAUGAUUUUGGAGAGAUGGAGAGCAGAAAAAUUGCAGUUGGCAAUGUACAUAUGGGAGAUGGAGAGCAGGAGAAGAUUCGGGGUUUAUUCCCUUCAGACUUGCCCACUAGUCAGAACAAUUGCAGUUGGCGAUGUAGAGCUAGUUGAGCCAUGCAAUUUCGUUAUAACAAACUCUUCGUUAAUAAUUUCCUUGGCCGUUGCACAAGACACAACUGUCCCAGUGAAUGUGGGUGUGGUCCUCGAUGUUGAUUCAUUGUUUGGAAAGAUUGGGCUAAGCUGCAUCAAUAUGGCCAUCUCAGACUUCUAUGCCUCUCAUGCUUCUUACAAGACUAGGCUGCUGCUCCACAUAAGGGACUCCAAGGGAGAUGUUGUUGUUGAAGCUGGUGAAGCUGUAGACUUGAUAAAGAAUUUAGAAGUGCAAGCCAUCAUAAUAGGGCCGGAAUCAUCAAUGCAAGCAAAGUAUGCAAUGAAUCUUGGAGAUAACGCUCAGGUGCCCAUAAUAUCAUUUUCAACAACAAGCUCUUCCAUAACUACUUUCCCAACUUCGUAUUUUUUCCGAGUUGCACAGAAUGACUCAUCUCAAGUGAAAGUCAUAAGAUCCAUCAUCCAAAACUUUGGAUGGAGUGAAGCAGUACCCAUCUACGUUGAUUAUGAGUUUGGGGAGGGAGUAAUACCUUAUCUGACUAAUGCUUUGCAAGAGGUAGAUAUUCGUAUCCCUUACUGGUGUGUCAUUCCUUCAAUGGCCAGUGAUGACCAAAUUGUUGCAAAGCUUCACCAGUUGAUGACAAUGCAAACAAGGGUAUUCAUAGUACACAUGUUACCCUCUCUUGGCUCUCGGCUAUUUGCAAUCGCUAAGGAGAUGGGUAUGAUGGGUGAAGGUUAUGCUUGGAUAACGACAGACAGGAUGACAAACUUUUUUGGUUCCAUAAAAUCUUCUGUCACAGAUAACAUGCUAGGUGUGAUAGGUUUGAAAUCUUAUGUUCCGAAUACAGAAGAGCUUGAACAUUUCAAACUUAGAUGGCAAAUGAAAUUCCAAAAGGAUAAUCCGACAAUCCUUAAUGUUAAAUUGGAUGUUUUUGGAUUGUGGGCUUAUGAUGCUGUUUGGGCAUUGGCCAUGGCAGUUGAAAAGGUUAGGGCUGCAAACUUCAAUUUCCAAAAGUUGAACAUUUCCGACCAUUCCACUAAUAUUUUAGAAAGAUUAGGUGUCUCACAAAGUGAUCCUGAACUAGUACAAGCACUUUCAAGUACAGUAUUUAGAGGCCUUUCAGGAAACUUUAGUCUUCUUUAUGGGCAACUGCGGUCAACAAAUUUUCAGAUAGUUAAUGUAAAUGGUAAUGGAGAAAGAGAGAUUGGAUACUGGACACUCCAAGAGGGACUUGUAAGAAACUUAAAUUCAACUAGCAGAAGCACAAACACAAGCAGAUUCUCUUUUAUGGAUGCCAAUGCGUUUGGACCAAUUAUUUGGCCUGGAGACACGAUCACCACUCCCAAAGGUUGGGAGAUUCCUAAACAUGGGAAUUGGAUGAGAGUUCUAGUUCCGGUGAAUCAUGGGUUUCAAGAGUUCGUACGUGUGAGCCGUGCUCCUGCUACCACUUUCAGUGGAUACUGCAUAGAUGUAUUUACAGCAGUGGUAGAAAGAUUACCAUAUGAAGUUUCUUACGAGUUUAUCCCCUUUGAAAGGCCUAAUGGUGACCCAGCUGGCAGCUAUGAUGAUUUGAUCUUUCAAGUUUUUCGUGGGAAUUAUGAUGCUGCAGUGGGAGAUCUAUCAAAUAGACCAAACAGGUCCUUGUAUGUUGACUUUACAUUGCCUUACACUGAUACUGGGAUAUCAAUGAUUUUGCCUGUCAAGCGCAGCAAAAGUAGUAAAAAUGCAUGGGUGUUCUUGAAGCCUUUGACCUGGGAGGUGUGGUUAUUAAGUGUUUGUUUUUUUAUAUUCAUGGGUUUUGUCGUCUGGGUUCUGGAGCAUCGGAUAAACAAAGGCUUUCGCGGGCCUCUGCAAAACCAAAUUGGCACAAGUUUGUGGUUCUCCUUCUCAACCAUGGUUUUCGCACACGGGGAUCAACUAGUGAGCAACUUAGCUAGGUUUGUAGUGAUCGUGUGGUGCUUUGUUGUCCUCGUACUGACUCAAAGUUAUACCGCCAGUUUAUCAUCACUUUUAACAGUUCAACAGCUGCAACCAACGGAUGUAAGCCUUCUCCUGAAGAAUGGUGACAUUGUUGGCUUACAAGAAGAUUCUUUUGUCCAGGGGAUUUUGGAACAAGUAGGAUUUUAUCCAGACAAGCUUAGGACCUAUAAUUCCAUAGAAAGGUUGCAUGAACUGUUCGAACAAGGGAGUAUAUCUGCUGCAUUUGAUGAAGCCCCUUAUAUGAAGGUUUUUGUUUCAACUUAUUGCUCAAAAUAUACCGUGGUUGAGACGGCAUUUUCUAAAACUGACAAUGGUUUUUCCUUUGUCUUCCGAAAGGGUUCGCAUCUCACACGUGAUGUCUCAGGAGUGAUCACUAAUCUGCAAAAGGAAGAUCAAAUUAGAACAAUCGAGGACAAGUGUUUCGGGAAGCAAGCAAUUUGUAUGGGCCCCAACAUCACGGGCUCUUCCAACAGGCCUCUUACUCUUAGCCUUGAUAGCUUCUGGGGCCUCUUCCUGAUUGCUUGGCUUUCUUCAUCAUUAGCUCUCCUCAUAUUUGUAGCUAUGUUCCUCUAUCAGCAUCGGCACAUUUUGAUAUGCUCUGAUCCAAACAUCUCAUUUUGGAGAAGAAUUUGCAUCCUACUCCAAAUGUACGACCAAGAGGACAUCAGUUCCCAUACUAUUACGCUGCAAGAAAGUGUUCAUAGUCUGGUUGCAGUGGAAUCCUCAGCAAGCUCCCCCAGGCCAUUAUCCAGUCACUCAAGCCAGACCGCAUCAAACAUUAUUGUUUUGGAAAUGCAGGAAAGAUUGUCUACUAGGCUCGGUGAUCUGAAUCCUAAUGGUCAAACAACUCAAGAGAUUGCCUAGGAAUUUCUAUACCGGUCAUUAUGGUUAAGUAGUGUUUUUCUGUUUGUUUUGCUUGGCUGUUGCCUCCUCUGUUUCAAAAAAAAUAAAAGGGUACUAAAAUUGUAAUUAUUUACUGUGUGGGAGCGAGUAAGAAGAUUUUGUUAAUUGAUGAAAAUUUUCUCACUUACUCCAAUAAUAUAUUAUAAUUCUC